AUGGCGCAGAAAGAAGUUGAUCUGAAUCAAGAGAGCUUCUGCUGUUCCAUCUGUCUGGAUCUGCUGAAGGAUCCGGUGACUAUUCCCUGUGGACACAGCUACUGCAUGAAAUGUAUUGAAGGAUUCUGGGAUGGAGAGGAGAAAAUCCCCAGCUGUCCUCAGUGUAGGAAGACCUUCACACCGAGGCCUGUUCUGGUGAAAAAUGUCAUGUUUGCUGCUGUAAUGGAUCAGCUGAAGAAGACUGGACUCCAAGCUGCUCCUGCUGAUCACUGCUAUGCUGGACUUGAAGAUGUGUCCUGUGACGUCUGCUCUGGAAGAAAACUGAAAGCUAUUAAGUCCUGUUUGAUUUGUCUGGCCUCUUACUGUGAGAAACACAUUCAGCCUCAUUUGGAUGCAGUUGCAUUCAAGAAACACAAGCUGGUGGAACCCUCCGGGAACCUGCAGGAGAACAUCUGCUCCAUUCAUGAUGAGGUGAUGAAGAUGUUCUGUCGCACUGAUCAGAAGUGUAUCUGUUAUCUCUGCUCUGUGGAUGAACAUAGAGGACAUGACACAGUCUCAGCUGCAGCAGAAAGGACUGAGAGGCAGAGAGAUCUGGAGGAGAGUCAACAACAAAUCCAGCAGAGAAUCCAGGACAGAGAGAAGGAGGUGAAGCUGCUUCAACAGGAGGCGGAGGCCAUCAAUCACUCUGCUGAUCAAACAGUGAAGGACAGUGAGAAGAUCUUCACUCAGAUGAUCCGUCUCAUCCAGAAUAGAAGCCGUGAUGUGAAGCAGCAGAUCAGAUCCCAGCAGCAAACUGGAGUGAGUCGAGUCAAAGAUCUUCAGGAGGAGCUGGAGCAGGAGAUCACUGAGCUGAAGAGGAGAGACGCUGAGCUGAAGCAGCUCUCACUCACAGAGGAUCACAGCCAGUUUCUCCUCAACUAUCCCUCACUGCCACCACUCAGUGAGUCCACACUCUCAUCCAGCAUCAACGUCCGUCCUCUGAGAUACUUUGAGGAUGUGACAGCAGCUGUGUCAGAGCUCAGAGACAAACUGCAGGAUAUUCUGAGAUAUUCGCUGACAGUCACUCGUGUGGAUGUUCUGCUGCCAGAACCAGAAUCUGAACCUCAACCAAAGAGCAGAGCUGACUUCUUCAAAUAUUCACAUCAAAUCACACUGGAUCCAAACACAGCACACAGAAGACUGUUACUGUCAGAGGAGAACAGAAAGGUGACAAUGAUGGAACAGCUGCAGUUUUGUUCUGAUCAUCCAGACAGAUUCACUGAUUUCUUUCAGGUUCUGAGUAGAGAGAGUCUGACUGGACGUUGUUACUGGGAGGUGGAGUGGAGUGGAUUUUUCGUCUAUGUAGCAGUUGUAUACAAGAACAUCAGCAGAUCUGGAGAUCAACGUGGAUUUGGUCUAAAUGACAAAUCGUGGGCAUUAUUUUGUUCUCCAAACAGAUUCUCGUUUUUCCACAACAACAUAAAAACCUCCUUCUCAGCUUGUGUUUCCUCCAGAGUAGGAGUGUACCUGGAUCACAGAGCCGGUGUUCUGUCCUUCUACAGCGUCUCUGAAAGAAUGACUCUCCUCUACAGAGUCCAGACCACAUUCACUCAGCCGCUCCAUGCUGGACUGAGGUUGGAUUGGUUUGGAGAUACAGCUGAGUUCUGUAAACUCAAAUAGUUCCUGAAAGAAGUGAAAUAAACAUGUUUGUGGUCAGAAGAAAAAGAGAAAUGAAAAAAUCUCAAGAAUGUGUAUUUGAAACAUUUUUGAAGAUGAAUCUCAAAACCUUUUGGAGUUUUAUCUUUAUUUUCUUGAACUCUAGGAUAUGAUUGAAUUCAAAUUUUAAUGUUUUACUCAUAUUUUUGUGUUGUUGUCAUGUGAACUGAAGGAAGUUGCAUCACAAAUGGAAUCAGUGGAGAAGAUUG